CCGGCGACGCACAUCUGCAGAGGUACAUAUUGUUACAACAAUACACAUACAUAGUACUAAAGUACAUUAAUGCACAGUAAUAAUUAAUAACUGUCAUCCUCUAUUACUAUUUUGAUUGUUAUGCAGAAGCAGGCAAGUGGACGGCCCCAUCAAUCUUCUCAAAAUGCAGAGUACCGACGCAAACUGGACAAGAACACGGCCGUGGACUGGGAGGCCAUGAUUGACAAGAUCGUCCAACGCGGCGACCAACAAGCGUCACUGUUCCUGCAACAAAAACUCAAGGCUGCCACCGAUGAACAAAAGGAGGCCAUCUUUGAAGCCAUCUUGCCCCAAGCGUAUCCACUGAUGACCAGUCGAUUUGGCAACUUUCUAGUUCAGCGUCUGUUCGAAGUGGGCUCACGUCAACAAAUCGCUGCGUUGAUUUCAAAGAUGCAAGGCCGUAUCGUGUCACUCACCUGUCAACCCUUUGGCUGCCACGUCCUGCAAAAGGCGCUCGACUGCUGCCCCGACGAAGCGACGCGCUCUGCGAUGGUCCACGAACUGUUUGAAAACAUCAGUGAGACGAUCACGCACAAGCACGCCUGCCAUAUCUGGCAAAAGGUGUUUGAAAUGCAAUGGGGCGAGGAGGAGAACCAUGUACCCCCUGUAAUGGACCGUGUCAACCAGGCAUUGCAAGGCAAAUGGACCCGAGUUGCACUCGACGAAACCGGCAGUCUGGUAAUCCAGCAUAUCUUUGAGAACAUCAACGAACAAGACAAACGCCCAGUCCUUGAUGAGGUGCUCGACAAUAUCAUGGUGAUUGCCAGGGGCCAGUGGGGCAACUGGGUUGUCCAACACAUUCUGGAACAGGCGCAAGACAGUCGCGACCGCGAGCAUGCGUUCCGCGUGGUUCUGGAACACGCCGCGGGACUCUCGAUGGACCAGUUUGCGUCCAAGGUGGUCGAAAAGGCCCUGCGCACAGGAGGCCCGGUGUUCCUGGAACAGUUUAUGGAGAAGAUCAUGCUCAAGCAGCAGCAACGCCGCGAGCCGCUCAUUGACAUGGCAUCCGAUCAGUAUGGAAACUACGUCGUCCAAUGGCUCAUCAACCAUGCCGGCACGGAACACCAGGUCAAGAUGUGUCGAUUGAUCAAGCGCCAUAUGGUUUCGCUGCGCGGAUCCAAGUACGGCCAACGCGUUGCUUUCUUGGUCGAAAAGGUGCUGCGAUCUCAAGAAAUCACUACCUACCCUAUCCAUCAAUAACAGCUUAAAAGAAAUACCCCACACGCCAUACACACCAACUCCAUACAAGCACACACAUUCAAACCAUCUGCAGAAGUAAAAACAAAGGGCUUGCCCUGAUUAUACUUCUUUAUCUUCUCGUCUCUAUUCAUAUAUGCGCAUCACACACCACAAAACCAUUUUCAUCAUCUUCUUCUUCCUUAUGUACCAUAGCGAGAGAGGAAGGAAAACACUCUUUUGUUCUUUUUACAAAUCCUGACCCCCUUAAAAAUCGUUCUUCUCACUACCACCACCACCACCACCCCUUAGUAUCUUGUUAUUUAAGCCAACCCUUACAAACUAUAAGAGAUCAUGUGUACAUGAUUGAUUGAUGGAUCUAACAAUUAAAAAAGGAAAACCAACUGUUUCCACUCUGAGA